AUGGAAACUGGGACGCAUGGUCAAACGGUGACGAAGGACUGCCGUGUCUGCAAUCGGAGGCGUAUCAAAUGUGAUCGCACAGUCCCAUCAUGUCGCAAAUGUAACAUCAAGGGUGUUGAAUGUCCCGGCUAUGGCCCUCUCAUUCGCUGGACCAAUGCGGCCGCUAUUCGUGGUCGAUACAAGGGGCUGGGGACUCUUGCUACAUUUCGAGCAGCCAGGCAAUCGACAAGUAGCACAAUUCCGGUCGAUCUGCAAGCAAACGAAAUUGAUCAGUCUUUCAAGGACCAGGCAAGCCAUUCGAGCGUCGAACUACUUACCCGACCCUUGCCCGAACGCAUUGUCGAUCGCCUGCUCCACCAUUAUUCCACCUCCAUUGCACCGUUGAUGGUAUGGCUCGAUUCCGAGCACAAUCCAUAUAAGCGUCUUGUGGUGCCGUUAUCAGAAACGCAUGCUGUGUUGCGGCUAGCACUUCUCGCUAUUUCUGCAGCACACGUCCAACAUGAGCUGAAACUCGAGGCUACAUUUGCACACUCUGCUGGGCAAAAUGCCGUCAUCAUGAUUACUGAUAGAGUCCGACAGUUCAUAGAGAUGAGCGAAGAUGGCCGGCGGGCUGAGAUUCUAGACGAUAACAGAGAGAUUGAAGCGAUACUUGCCGCCAUCCUUACUCUCUCAAAUCACUCACUCCUGAAAUCCGAGAUUUUCCCCGCUCAAUCUCAUCGACAUGCGGCAAGAGUCCUCAUCAAUACCUUAUCACUCAGCAGACCCUCUGACGAUGAACUGACAAUUUUCCUGCGAAACCAGUUGGCAACUUAUGACAUUCUCGCAUGCACCACUCUGUUUAAUCAUAGACAUGUUGAACAUGUGACUCUACCGGUCCCAGGGCAAGAUGUUCCGUUUGGGAGGUUUCUCGAAAUCAUUCAACGGAUCACAAUGUGCUCAUUUCAGCACCAGGGCGAUGUGCAGCCAACGCACACGCUGUCACUCCUGAACCUCGAGACAGAAUUUGACCUUUCACACGGAUUGACGCUGAUGGCGGCAGGCCCAUUAAUGACCGGGUCGGCUAAGCAGCCAUCGUCGUCGGAUUUUGUGCGAGUUUCACAACUAUACCAUCAUGCAGGAAUGAUCUAUGCGUGUGGCCGUCUUCGUAUCACCGAUAAGGCUACUGUCAAUCGGCUUGAAAAAGAACAUUCCACAAAAUUGUUCCACGCCCUUAGGAACAUAGAGAAUGUGGAUGUCUGUCUCCAAAACUUCCCAUGGCCGAUUCUUAUCGCGGGGACUGUCACUCAUGGAGACCCGGAGCGGAGACAGAUUGUGCGUUCCCUUUGUGAACAGAUCUGUACUGACACUCGAUUUGAGCACUACACCAAUCUUUCGACUUUUCUCGAGGAGCUUUGGCAAGGACCGAACGAAGAUUGGUGCCUUCUGGCACGCCAAUGGGAAGAGCGUGGCCAACCAAUUAUUGCUGUUUGA